AUGUCUAUCCUUUUCUACCGCCGUCCUGACUUCGUCUCCAAGUCCAACGGCCCGCUUGACCGGAAGGAGUGCCAGCGCUAUGUCGAGCGCACCGCCAAUGGCAAGAGAGGCAUUCCCGAUGAACUCUCAUUCGAAAACAUUCUCACCAACAAGGCCUUGCCGCCAUGCCAGCUCCGCGAUUUCAUGGACUAUCUCGUCUACGUGACCCAUGAUGCCGAAAACCUUCAGUUUUACCUCUGGCUUCAGGACUACACCGAACGCUUCAACGCCCUCAAGCCGGACCGCAAGGCCCUGUCCCCUGAAUGGACCGAGUCGGAGCCGACCGCCGAUGACAAAGCCACUCAACUCGUCUCCUCGGCCGCUCCUGCAGGUGGGAAGAGGAAGAAGCGACCUGGACCCUUGAUGCCGAAGGUCGAUUUCGACAAGCCAUCUGAUGCCGCCGCCGCCGCCGCCAUUGGACUGACCGAUAUCAUUGUUCCUUCUCCUAACAAGCCCGAGCCAUCGCCGACCUUCCUCAGCAGACAGGACACUCUGUCGCCCACUCGCACCACCUUCGGGGACAGGCACGGCGUUCCCACCGUCUCUCUUAGCGGUCACACCUCGCAAUAUGGCGAGCCCAUCCUCUCGGAGGAGUCAGUUCGUGAGAUGGCUGAAGAGGCCAACAAUGGAGCCGGCCUUAAGUGGCAGGGCUUCUCCGUCCAGCCCCUUCGUCAGGAGGUCGACCGCGUCAUCGCACACUACAUCGCACCGGGCGCUCCGCGCGAGCUCAACCUCUCGGCACGCGACCGGGCGGCCGUGCUGCACGCCCUGCAGCAAACGACGCACCCUUCAGCCUUCAAGACGAUCGGCGACAUGGUCGAGGCCACGCUGCGCGGCCAGGCGCACCCCAACUUCGUACGCUGGAGCAUCUGCAACGGCAACAAGCCGCGCGUCUUCUUCGUGCGCACCAUGGGCGUCACACACAUCGCCGCCGGCCUGCUCAUCGGCCUGCUCCUCAUCCUCUCCAGCGUCCCGCGCUGGUGGCGCCUCUUCAUGUUCCCCGUCCUGUACCUCGGCACCACGACCAUGAUCGCAGCAUACAAGGGGCUCUGCGUCAUCCUGCACAAAGAACACAAGCGCACGCUCAAGCCGUGGGAGGACAUGGACAACAUCAGCAUGAACAGCGACGUCAGCGGCACCACGGCGACGAGCUCCAACAGCAACAACAGCAGCAACGGCGGCGGCUCCGAGAAGCGCGCCAGCACCCUCGCCCCGCACGACAACUCGCUCUCCAAGAAGAUCUCGACCAGCACUUUCGGCGACUACGACGAGGAGGCGACCCUGAACGGUGUCAGCACCAGGGCCCCGACCCCGAGCAUGAAGCGCCCGUACAGCAUGGAUACCUUUGGCAGCAGCAACACGUACGAGAGCGAGGCGUGGGUGACGGACUACAAGCGCAAGAGCCUCAAGGACAAGAUCUGGGACCAGGAGACGUGGGUCCAGGAGGAGAGCGUGCGCAUCAUUCAGGAUAAGAUUGUCAAGGGCGCCCAGACGUGGAGUGUCAUCCUGACUACCUUGACGACGGCCGUGUUUGUCGCUGUGCCGGGGGCGUGCUUGUACUAA